AUGGCUUCUCUGAAGGUGCUCGCGUUGUCGCUCUGCGUAGCGAUCGCCACAGCGGGUGACGUCGGGGGCGGCGGCGGAGGUGGCUUCGGUGGAGGCCACGGCGGUGGCUUUGGUGGCGGCCUCGGCGGCGGCCACGGCGGUGGCUUCGGCGGAGGAUUCGGAGGAGGAUUGGGCGGUGGCUUCGGCGGAGGCCACGGAGGUGGCGGCGGCGGCGGUGGCGGUGCCACUAAGACUGUCGUUGUCUCCGUCGCCGAUGGGGCCGGCGCUGCACCAGCUGCCCCAGCUCCACGCAAGAUGACGCGCUACACAGCGCAAGUGGACAGGACUCCAUUGCCCAUCAAAUAUAAGCAAGGAGUGGUUGCCACAGGCAACAGCAUCUCGCUUGUCGAGCCCAUCAUGGUUUCCACCCAAGUAGAAGGGCCAAGAAUAAGUUUCCCGCAAGGAAUCCCACGCGUCCAGCAACCCAGGGUGCACAUUGCUGAGAUUCAGCAAGUCGGUGGUGGAGCUGGCGGUGGUGGAGGUGCCGGAUUCGGUGGUGGAUUUGGUGGUGGUUUCGGAGGAGGAUUUGGUGGCGGCUUCGGAGGUGGAGCUGGUGGCUUCGGAGGCGGAGCUGGUGGCUUCGGAGGCGGAGCUGGUGGCUUCGGAGGUGGAGCCGGUGGCUUCGGAGGUGGAGCUGGUGGCUUCGGAGGUGGAGUUGGUGGCUUCAGCGCUUCUGGACUUGGAGGCGCAGGAUUCGGAGGUGGUUUCGGAGGUGGCUUCGGAGGAGGUUUCGGAGGUGGAGCCGGAGUCGGAGGUGGAGUUGGUGGCGGCGUCUUCCCUCACCCCAGAGUUGAGGUCGCUGAAACCGUCCACAAGAUUCCACUUGGAGUGGCAGCCGAUACCCACCAGGAGGGUGGACACGGAGGCGGAGGAGGUGGCGGAAAAGUAGCCGUCGUUAGCGUCAACGUUCAGCAGGGCGGUCACGGUGGAGGACACGGUGGUGGUUUCGGCGGUGGCCAUGGUGGCGGUUUCGGAGGAGGCCUCGGUGGAGGAUUCGGAGGAGGCUUCGGUGGCGGACACGGCGGUGCUGCUGGCGCAGGACACGCCGGUGCCGUUGCAGUUCCAGUAAAAGUAAUCGAAGUGGCUAGCGCUGCCGGUGCUGCCGCUGGUGGUGCCGGAGGACAUGGCGGAGGCUAUGGAGGAGGCGCUGGCGCUGGCUGGGCACCUGCCGGUGGAGCUGGUUGGCAGUAACCUAUUGAUGGAAGUUCCACGCUAAGAGCUUGGCCCUGACGCCAAGUCGGUGAGCACCAUCUCCAGAGCAGGCCUCCUCACCUCCUGCGAUGCCAAGGAAACGCAGCCAAUGAAGUCGAACGUUGUCAUUCCACCUCUGUAAUAUAUGUCCCGCACUAGGGUGUAAUUAUAUACCAACGUUUUUUUGUGUAAAAUAAAUGCUGUACAUAUGAUUG